AUGUUGGGAGAGAAGUUAGCGGAACAGAGCGGGGCUUUGGAUAACUUACUUCGACGGCGAUUUUUCAUUGCUCCGUCAUUUGAAAUAUAUGGUUCUGCUGCUGGUCUGUUUGACUUUGGACCUAAUGGUUGUGCAGUGAAGAAUGAACUCGAGCGUCAGUGGAGGCGGCAUUUUGUGUUGGAAGAGGAUUUGAUGGAGAUUUGUGGUCCUAAUCUUACUCCACAUGCGGUGUUGAAGGCCUCUGGUCAUGUAGACCGGUUUCAGGACUUUAUGUGUGAGGACAUGGUUACAAAAGAGUGUUUUCGUGCUGACAAGAUCAUUGAAGAGUGCUUGAGUAAGUACCUGUCUGAUGCUCAGUGUCCGACACCUGGGGUUGAAACCAGGAGCGAUGCGGAAGGCAAGGUUGCCAAGAAAGCGGAUUACAAAAAAGGGGAUUACAAAAAAGGGGAUGGCAAAAAAGGGGAUGACAAAAAAGGCGCUGCAUUAUCCGGUGAACAGUUGUCUGCUAUUCCCAUGAUACUGGCCAAGCUGGAAGGCAUGACUGAAGAGGAAAUGGAUGCAGUGAUACGAGAGUACAAGAUUCGGUCUCCUGUUGGAAACGAUUUGAGUAAGCCGUAUCCCUUCAACUUAAUGUUCGCUACCAGGAUCGGUCCGAAACAGACGACGGAUGGAGCCGGAAUAGCCUACUUGCGUCCGGAAACAGCUCAAGGCAUAUUCGUGAACUUCCGCCGUUUGCUUGAGCAAAACAAUGGUAGAAUGCCGUUUGGAGGAGCAUGCGUGGGAACGAGCUUCCGUAACGAGAUUGCACCGCGGAAUGGUUUGUUGCGCGUCCGUGAAUUCCCGAUGGCGGAAAUUGAGUAUUUCUGCGAUCCUUUGUGUAAGUCUCCUUUCGGCAAGUUUGAGAGUGUCAAAAACGUCCGUGUGCCUUUGUUCGAUCGAGAGAGCCAACUGAGUCCAAGUGACCCUAAGCCACGUAUGAUGAGCCUGGUGGACGCGGUGAAUAGCAAGAUCAUUGACAACGAGACGUUAGCAUACUUCAUGGGUCGAACGUAUCUCUUUUUGGUAUCCAUCGGUAUUAAUCCAGAAGGUUUACGUUUCCGUCAGCACUUGGAGACGGAGAUGGCUCACUACGCCUCGGACUGCUGGGAUGCCGAGAUCUUAACCUCCUACAAGUGGGUGGAAUGUGUUGGAAUUGCCGACCGGUCAGCGUUCGAUUUAACACAGCACGCCAGAGCAACCAAGGUGGACCUGCAGGCGUCCCGGCAGUUGCCUGAGCCGCGCAUGGAGGAGCGUCUGGAGGUGGUGGCCAACCGUAAGGCGCUAGGUCCAAUUAUGAAGAAGGAUUUGGGCGAACUCAUGUCCAUUUUAGAAAGCCUUCAGGACGAUGAGAAAUUGGAGAAACAACAAGAACUGGCCGACACUGGGUGCUGCAACAUCCAGCUCGGCGAUGGUCGCUCGGUAUCUGUCGAAUCCAAGUAUAUGGAGAUAACAAAAAAAAAUAUUAAGGUGACUGAGGAAGUAUUCAUACCUAAUGUAAUCGAACCUUCCUUCGGAAUUGGCCGAAUAAUACAGGCUGUAUUUGAGCAUGCCUACCGACAGAGAGAUGCCGAAAGAACAUUUUUGGCUCUGUCACCGCUCAUUGCGCCAUUCAAGGUGGCCAUUCUACCCAUUAGCAACCAGCCAUCAUUUACUCCUAUUCUUGAUAACAUUAGAUCCGGUUGUUUGCAACACGGCUUAAGCUGCAAGGUCGAUGCGAGCGGAGCUUCCAUAGGCAAGCGAUAUGCCAGAACUGACGAGCUGGGAAUACCCUUCGCUCUUACCAUCGACUUUGAAACUCUUAAAGACCAAUCGGUCACUCUCCGCGAACUCAUCUCCAUGGAACAAAUCAGGCUACCCAACUACAUCGAGGCUUAUCCUCUCAUACAGCAGUUAAUGCAGAAUGCCAUCACCUGGGACCAAGCCACCCAGAAAUAUGGGAAACAAUAA